AUGUUCUAUUCGGAGACCUUGUUGUCCAAGACCGGGCCGCUGGCUCGCGUAUGGCUAUCCGCCAAUCUCGAGCGCAAAUUGUCGAAGUCGCAUAUCUUGCAGUCGGAUAUUGAAAGCAGUGUCAGUGCUAUUGUAGACCAGGGGCAGGCUCCCAUGGCCCUGCGAUUGAGUGGUCAGCUGUUACUCGGUGUUGUUAGGAUAUACAGCAGGAAGGCGCGCUAUUUGCUCGAUGACUGCAACGAAGCUCUCAUGAAAAUCAAAAUGGCUUUCCGUCUCACAAACAAUAAUGACUUGACGACUAGUGCUGUGGUCGCCCCAGGCGGUAUCACUCUACCGGAUGUACUCACCGAGGCUGAUUUGUUUAUGAAUCUUGAUUCGUCUCUCCUCAUACCCCAGCCCCUCUCGCUGGAACCGGAGGGAAAGCGACCAGGCCCAUCAAUGGACUUCGGAAGUCAACUAUUCCCCGAUACCGGUCUGCGACGCUCUGCUUCUCAGGAGCCUGCAUUGCUAGAGGAUCCGGGUGACCUGCAGCUUAACCUUGGACUGGAUGAUGAGACGAAUUUGUCGUUCUCCCAUGACUUUAGCAUGGAAGUGGGACGAGACGCCCCAGCUCCCCGCCCAAUGGAAGAGGACAACUUCAGUGAUGCCGGGAAAGUCAUCGACGUGGGAGAUCUGGGACUUAACCUUGGGGAGGAUGACACACCUUUGGAUGCUGUGAACUUCGAUGCCAACGAGGACAAUUUCUUACCACUUGACGAACCCAUGGAUCUCGGGGACGACACGGUAGUUGCUGAUGGUAACGAUGAGCGAUUUGAGCGUGAAAGUACUCUCACGGAAGUUUCUGAGGACAUGAUCGAGCGCCUGAAUACGGAGCAUGAGGGUGAUUAUAUGCACGACGAGGAGCAAGACGAUGAGACCAUCCAGCAUGCUCAGCGUGCGAAGCGGAGGAAGCAGCUCCCUACCAUUGAGCUUGAUGAAGCUGUUGAGUUCAAAGGAAACUCUUAUUUCCGAAUCCAACAAGAACAGUUAUCCGAGACUCUGAAGCCUGCGUCUUUUCUUCCCCGCGAUCCUGUGCUCCUGACACUUAUGAACAUGCAAAAGAACGGUGACUUUGUCUCUAAUGUCAUGGGCGGCGGCCGCGGGCGUGGCUGGGCUCCUGAGAUCCGUGAUCUUCUCUCUUUUGACACUGUCAGGAAGGCUGGUGAGCUGAAACGCAAACGCGACAGUGGGAUCUCAGAUAUGGACGUUGAUGCUGCCGCUGCUCCAGCUCUGGAAAUCGAAGAAGAGGCGAUUGUCCCGGUGGAUGAGGGUGUCGGCAUGGAAUCAACCCUGCACCAGCGCUCAGAGAUUGACUUCCCUGGUGAUGAAGAGGAUCAUCUGCGUCUCAGUGACGACGAGGGAGCUCAGCAGCCACUUGAAGAUUUUGACGAUACUAUUACACCAGUUGACAGCGCGUUGGUGUCGGUCGGUACGAAACGUGCGGUACACGUCCUGCGGGACUGCCUCGGCAACGCAGAGCAAAAGAAAGCCGUCAAGUUUCAGGACCUCCUGCCUGAAAAGAAGGCUACUAGGGCUGACGCGACCAAAAUGUUCUUUGAAGUUCUGGUUCUGGCAACCAAAGAUGCUGUUCAAGUGGAGCAGCGCUCGAAUACCGUCGGCGGACCGAUCAAGAUUAGCGGCAAGCGCUCACUCUGGGGUCAAUGGGCUGAAGAGGACGCUACCGGUGAAGUCAGCCAAGCUCAGGUUGCGGCUUAAACUAUCUUGAAGGGUGGAAAUUGCGUCUUCUGUACAGUUAUUUUCUGUGUUUAUCUAUUCGGUUGAACUGGUUUCUGGAGCUGGACUGUUGGAUUGCUACUUUCUAUAGUCGGGCGUUUGGGGCGCACUUGAUAUCCUUUUCUUCAGGUGUCAUCGCUUGGUCCGCGAAUCUUUUUUUGGCGAGUGCUUCUGGUCGAUAGGUUAGCUUUUGUGUUAGUAGAUACUUCUAAUCAAAAUUCUACAUCUUACUAAAAGCGA